AUGGCCACCACUACAGAGAGCCAUCAACAGGCUGACCUGGAAAAGUCCAUCACAACUGGCACAAAUGGUGGUGAUAUUGGCGACACAACCAGACGCUACGACUAUGGAGGAAACCCCAUGACCCAUAUACACUCGGGAGCCGACGCGAGGCUGGCUGCCUUUGGAGGAGAGUUUCAACCCGGUCUGUACAAGCCGACGACGCACAGGAAGUUUGCCAAUCCCGCGCCUCUCGGUCUGUCGGCUUUUGCCCUGACGACUUUUGUCCUCUCUCUCAUCAAUGUCAAUGCCCGUGGCGUUGCCGAGCCAAACAUUGUUCUGUCCCUGGCUUUUGGAUACGGAGGUCUGGUUCAAUUGCUGGCCGGCAUGUGGGAAAUGGCUGUAGGAAACACAUUUGGUGCCACUGCACUUUCAUCCUACGGCGGCUUCUGGAUCGCCUAUGCCAUCCUGCUGACGCCGGGCUUCUCUGCCCUGUCGCCGUACACGGAAGCCGCCGACGAGGCGUCAGCCCUGGGCUUUUUCCUGACGGGCUGGUUCAUCUUUACCUUUAUCCUGUUCAUCCUGACCCUGAAGUCGACUGUCAUGUUUUGCAUGCUCUUCUUCACCCUCGACCUCGCCUUUCUCAUGCUCGCGUGCGGCGAGUUCGCCGCGGCCAACGGCAACGCGGCCUCGUCGCUCACGCUCAAGCACGCCGGCGGCGGCUUUGGUCUCUUGGCUGCCUUCUUGGCGUGGUAUAAUGCCUUUGCCGGUAUGGCAGAUAAGAGCAACUCGUUCUUCCUUAUUCCCGUCAUUCACUUCCCCUGGUCAGACAAGGGCCGUGAGCAGCGUGGCAAGACUCCUCGUGAGCAAGUCUAA